AUGGCCAUGAGGAGGAACCUUGUGGGGGCUCUCCUCCUGUGGGUCGCCUUCCUGCUGCUGCUCCUGCUGCACGGGUGGAGCCACCUGCACCGCUCCGGCAGCGAACUGAGCUCCUCCAUCGCCGCCCACCGGAAGAUGCUGACGAUACGACCCGACCAGCUCCGGCGAGCCCUCCACCACCACCACCACCACCACCACCACCGUCCUCUCCGGCACCGGCAGAGCGACUCCAGCGAUGGCCACGAGAUCGACCCCCGCUACGGCGUGGAGAAGAGGCUGGUGCCCACAGGGCCGAACCCGCUGCACCAUUGA